AUGAGUGAAUCAAAUUGUACAAGAAUUGCAAAUUUCCUUAAAGGCAUGCGCCUUAAAACUAAUCCAAACUUACCCGGAGCAAAACAAAAAACACCAUUGAAUAUUCAUCGAUUUUAUUUAUUGUUAAUAAUAGUAAUAUAUACAGCAGCAUCUGCAUGUAUAUAUUUUGAUUGGACGGCGAUAAGAAAUUUAUUAUUAAGUGUAGGAAAAUAUGAACAUUUAAAUGUUAAUAAAUAUGAUGAUAUAACAUUAUCACCACAAUAUAAAAAAAUAAAUAAUUUAUAUCCUAUGACAUUAGCUAUACAUUUUACUAUGUCAGUUUUUUGUGGAUUUUUAUAUGAUCAUAUUGGACCAAAAUUUACAGCAAUAAUUGGGCAAGGUUUUAAUAUAAUUUCAUGGAUAUUUUUAUCAAUUGAUUCUACAAAAAUAGAUACAACAUUAAUUGGGUUCGUAUUUUUAGGAUUAGGGGCAGAUACUGCAUUCAUACCAAUAUUAACAGUUUCAAAUUUAUAUCCAGAUAUUUCAACAUUUAUAUUGACAGUAAUUGGAGCUGCUGCAUCUUUAAGUUUUGCUGUUCCAGCUACAUUAAAUUUUAUUUAUAAAAAAUAUCCACAUCUUCCAUUUUAUUAUAUUUGUUAUGGAUAUAUAUUUAUAAUAUUAAUUCCUUGUUUGUUAGUUGCAAUAUUUUUAUUACCUAUGAAACCAUUUAAAGGUUUGGAUUAUUAUUUAGAAAAUGAUCAAGAAUCAGAUGCAAAAAAUAAAGAACAAAAUAGUUGUAAUGAUAUAGAGAUGCAACCAUCUUUAAUCAAAAAUGGAAAAAAAAAUAUUUCUAAUAAUGAAAAUAAAAAUGAAAUUACUAAAAAUAUAAUAGAAGGAGAUGAUUUUCACAAACAAAGUAUUUUGUUAUUUUUUAAAGUAUUAUUAAGUUAUCCAAGUAUAUGUAUAAUUGUAUAUUUUAUAUUAUUUAAUAUUUCUACUGUUUUUUACGGUAUGGUUACAGAUAUAUAUUUUAGUUAUAAUAAAUCUAUAAUAAAUGUUAUUAACAUUUUAAUGCCAAUAUCAUUUAUCCCAUGUAUUAUAUUUGGUAGAUUUAUAAAUAAAUAUGGUGCUGCAAUUAUUAUAAUUCUUAUGAAUGCAUUUUCAGCUCUUAUGCAUUUAACAGCUUUAAUUAAACAUCAAGUCGCUGGACUAAUUUCUGCAUUUUUAUAUAUGUGUGCAGCUAGUAUAUAUACUAGUCAAAUUUAUUGUUUUUUAUUAAAUGCUUUUCCUUCAGUUGUUUUUGGAAAAUUAUUGGGUAUAACAAGUUUAUUUGGUGGAAUUUUUUCUUUAUUUUGUGAAAAGCUUUAUGACAAUAUUUCAAAUUCAAGUGGAAAUAAAAAUGAUCCCACAAAUAUAUCAAUACUUUUAGCUAUUUCUUUUAUUAUUAUGUUUUUACCACUAAGCAUUUUAUAUACUAGAAAUUAUGAAAAAAAUAUUGAAUCUACAAAUUCAGAAAACAAUCAAAUUCAAGACUAA